CUGGGCGGCUGGGGAAGGAGGGCGCCCCGGGAUACCGGGAGGCCCGGACCGCAGGCUUCUGGACCAAGCGACCCGUCUUGUAGGAGCUCUUAAAGGGAGAAUCGGCCUGCUCCACGCCUUUUCUGUGGAGAUCUGGUGUGGAAACUGAGGCGGGGGAGGGGCGGAGCCUGGGCACUAGGCCUGAUGUCUUGUCCAAGGCCAGAUAGCACGAAAGCCGGCUCUAGAAUCCGGAGUAGAGACGCCCGUGGCCUCAGAGACGCGGUCGGUGGACCUGACUGAAGGCGACGCCGUUGCCUCAGCGAUCGUUUUUUGACCUUAUGUUCCAGAGGAAGUUCCUGGUAUGAUCUGUGGCGGCGGUAACGGCACGGCCCUGAAGACCGAAUUCCCAAAAGAUCAAGGCCAGACCUUGUGCUCUGGCAGCAGGGUGGUAUGAGAAAUGAAGCCAAUGGGUAGAGACCCAAGGAUCUUAUCUCUAGCUGCUGAAGUUGCAAUAAGUCCUGAGCAGAAUGUCCCUGUUAUACUGUUGAAGUUAAAAGAAAUAAUAAACAACACACCUUUUGGAAGCUCAGAGUUGAAGAAAGUCAAACAAGAUAUAUAUUGUUAUGAUCUUAUUCAGUAUUGCCUCUUGGUCCUCAGUCAAGAUUGUUCUCGAAUCCAGGGUGGUUGGACUACAAUUUCCCAGCUUACACAGAUAUUAAGCCAUUGCUGUGUGGGUUUGGAACCAGGAGAAGAUGCAGAGGAAUUUUACAAUGAAUUGCUUCCAUCAGCUGUAGAAAAUUUUCUGGUUUUGGGGAGGCAAUUGCAAACAUGUUUCAUCAACGCAGCUAAGGGUGAAGAAAAAGAUGCAUUACUACACUUUUUUGAAAUUGUGACUGAUUCUCUCUUCUGGCUAUUGGGAGGACAUGUUCAACUCAUCCAGAAUGUACUGCGAAGUGAUCAUUUCUUGCACUUACUACAAACUGACAAUGUUCAGGUAGGAUCUACGGUCAUGACCAUGCUACAGAACAUACUACAGAUCAACAGUGGUGAUUUACUCAGAAUAGAAGUGAAAACCCUGCAUUCAAUUUUAGAUGAAGUUGUUUUCAAACUUUUAUCAACUCCUAGUCCAGUCAUAAGAAGUACUGCUACAAGGCUCCUACUGUUGAUGGCUAAAUCCCAUCAGGAAAUUUUGAUUUUACUGAGACUAAGUGCCUGCUACAAAGGACUCAGAAGUCUACUAAAUAAACAAGAGCCUGGGACAGAGUUUAGUCAAGAACUUAGACAGCUCAUUGGUCUUUUAAGCCCUAAGGUCUAUCAGGAAGUAGAAGAGCAGAAACUGCAUCAAGCAGCUUGCUUGAUUCAAGCUUAUUGGAAGGGUUUCCAGACUAGAAAGAGAUUAAAGAAGCUUCCAUCUGCUGUGAUUACUUUGCAGAGGAGUUUCAGAUCUAAGCGAACAAAGAUGUUACUGAAGCUAAGUAGACAGAAGGAAGAAGAGGACUGCAGAUUACAACUGCAACUUCAAAGGCAGAGAGCCAUGAGACUUUCCCGAGAAUUACGGCUGAGUAUGCUUGAAAUAGUUCAUCCAGGUCAGGUGGAAAAACAUAAUCGGGAAAUAGAAGAGAAAUCAGCAUUGAUUAUCCAGAAACAUUGGAGAGGGUACAGGGAAAGGAAGAAUUUUCGCCAACAGAGGGCAUCUCUUGUGGAGUAUAAAGCAGCUGUCGCACUUCAAAGAGCAACUCUUAAAUUCCUAGCAAAGUGCCGUAAGAAAAAGAAACUAUUUGCUCCUUGGCAAGGACUCAGAGAACUCACUGAUGCACGCAGAGUUGAACUGAAGCAACAAGUGGAUGACUAUAUCAGAAGACAUCCCGGCUCUGAGGUAUCAGAUGUGAUCAGCAGGGAGCUCCAUUCCCAAGCACAAGAACGACUGCAACACUACUUCAUGGGCAGGGCUCUAGAAGAGAGAGCCCAACAGCACAGGGAGGCACUGAUGGCUCGGAUCAACACCAACAUCGAACAGUUGAUGAAAGCACCAAGUCUGAAGGAGGCAGAAGGAAAAGAACCUGAGCUCUUCCUAAGCAGAUCCAGGCCUGUGGCAGCCAAGGCCAAGCAGGCCCAUCUUACCACCCUGAAGCAUAUACAAGCACCCUGGUGGAAGAAGCUUGGGGAAGAGGCAAGAGAUGAGAUUGAUGUCCCAAAGGAUGAACUUAGUAUAGAAUUAGGAACUUUAUUCAUUGGUGGAACCAAACCCCCUUAAGGGAGUUACCUGGAGGAAUGACAAAUUAUAUUUCUAGAGAUUAUAUGGGUUCUGCCUCUGACAUGCUAGUAGACUAGCGUUAUCCUAACUCAUGGUUUUCCAGAGGUUCCUCUCCAAACAAGACUUGAAGGCAGUAAGCAGAGUUAUCUUCUACAUUGAUUUCAGUUCUUUUUCUUUAUCCAUACUUCCAUCCUUGGCCACACAUAAAAAUUGGUAUGACUUUUAUUAUGGAACUAAACUCAGCAUUGUAUUCUAUUGCAUAUAUGAAAUGUGAUAUUUCUAUUUUUGUUUCUGCUGUUUUCCAACUAAAGGUGUUUUCUGAAUAUUUUCAACAAUUGUUCUGAAAAACUUGUCAGGGUUACUUCAGCUUUUCACACUUAUUGAUUUUUCUAUUAAUAUAGGAAAUGUGCUCUUGGCAUUUAUUAUGGUGAGGAAAAGAAGUGGUCAUUUGAAAGACAAUUGACUAUUUUCGACCAAACAGUGUUUGAACUCAAUUUGUAUCUUGUUAUUUCUAAAAGGAACUACAUUAAAAAGUCCUCCUAGGAUUCAGUGCAAGAAAAAUUUCUCCUGAUAAAAUUGCAUUCUUUGUAUUAAACUAAGAGAACUAUAUAACACACUAUUUGCAUUUUGAUUUGUCUCAGGAAUCUCAGAGCUAAAACAAUGCUUACUUUCUGUUACGAUUCUCAAUACCUACAUGAUUAUUUGGUUCCAAUCUAAUAAUUUCUGAUUUUCCUGUUUAUCUUUAACUGUGUUUUAAUACCAGAAGCCACCUCUAUGUUUGUGCUAAUAUGGAAUUUAAGUUAAAAUCAAUUAAAUCAUUGACUCUGUAUCAUAAGGAACCUGGAGUGUGCUUUUUCUAUAAAUGAGUAGGAAAACCAGUAUUUCUGGAUAAGAAGACCAAGUACUAUAAUGUUGUUCAUCCCACCAAAGUUAGUUUAGUAAAAUUCUAGUCAAGAUUCUAAUGUAAUUGUUAUUCAUAAUUGAAAAUGAAUAAAAUUCAUUUGUAAGAAUAA